AUGCCGUUCAUCCAAGAGUACACGAUCAACGGAAAUGAGGCACUCCCCUCUCUCUCCGCAGCCGACCCCCCGAGUAGCACUCGAGCCAAUGCUGGUGGCUCUUCCACUGGAGGUUCCAACAAUGCCACCCAAGGAGGCAAUUCUGGUACUCAAGGAGCGGGCACCCAACAAGACUACGGCAACGGCACUCCUUCUCAGGGGUACUGGUUAAUUGGGACUGGAGGACAAUUCUCAUCCUCAUAG